AUGCAUGGCGCUCCUCUCGGGAGAAAUGGCGCAUCAUCCACAAAGCUAAAGACCAAAAUUUUGGUCUUUCUCGAAGAACUCAAGGAAUGUGGCCGAUGUGGGGAUCUAGACAGGGGCAGGAGGAUCCAUGCCGAGAUCGUCCACAGUGGAGACGACUCCAAUCUCUACGUAGCAAACGCGCUCAUCCACAUGUACUCCAAGUGUGGGAGCUUGCCGGAAGCGCGACGAGCAUUCGACAGGAUGGAUCAUCGCAGUGCCGUGUCUUGGAACUCCUUGAUCCUGGGCUAUGCCAAGAAUGGUGGAAGUGGAAUGAAUGGGGGAAGUGGUGGAACGAGAUCAAGGAACUUGGAAGAAGCGAAGAGUGGUGGAAGUGGUGGAGCGAGAUCAAAGAACUUGGAUGAAGCGAAGAAUGGUGGAAGUGGUGGAACGAGAUCAAAAAGGUUGGAUGAAGUGAAGAAUGGUGGAAAGAGAUCGAAAAACUUGGAUGAAGCACGGAUGAUCUUCGAGAGAAUGCCAUGGCACAGUGUGUUCUCCUGGACGGAUCUCAUCCACGGCUAUGCCGAGAAUGGACGCGAAGAGAACGCGCUCGGUUUGUUCUCCUCCAUGACUAGCCGAGGCUGCGAGCCGGAUGCUCGGACGUUCCAGGCAGCUUUCAAGGCCUUGGCUGGGCUCGCAGCGAAGGCCAAAGAAUCUCACAGGUUUCUCGAGAGAGCCAUCGCCCUCCACACUCAAGCUGCGAGUUCUUCGUCUUGCGAGUGGGACGUUCUUCUCGCAAACUCGGUGAUGGAUCUGUAUGGGAAGUGUGGCGGCCAGGAUCACUGCCGGAUGGUUUUCGAGAGGAUGCCACAGCACGACGUCGUGUCCUGGAACGCGGUGAUGCUCGGCUACUGCGACAACGGCGAGGAAGAGGUGGCGCUGGAGUUCUUCGAGACGAUGAGAACUCGGGGCUACGUAGCGGACGCCAGAACUUACGUUGCUGCGAUCAAGGCUUGCGUCGCCAGCCUGGGAAAGCUCGAUCGAGAGAAAGCUUUCGAGAGAGGGAUGGAGAUCCAUUGUCGAGCUGGAGCUACCGGCUGCGACUCCAACGUUUACGUAGCGGCCUCACUGGUGAAUCUCUACGCCAAGUGUGGCAAGAUGGUGGACGCUCGGCGAGUGUUUGACAAGAUCUUCCAGCCGGACGUGGUCUCGUGGAGCGCGCUCAUACUCGGGUAUGCCGAAAACGGGCAACCCGAGCUGGCGCUGGAACUCUUCGCGCGGAUGCAACAGCGGCAGGGAGCUGGAUCUUCCGAUGCUCUCGCGUUUGUUGCCGCGCUUAAGGCCUGUGCUCGUCUCGCAAGCUCGGAAGAAGCUCACGGUGAUCUCAAGCUCAAAUCUAUGGCGCUCGAGCAGGGAAUGGCCGUCCACGCUCAAGCCGCGAGGAAUGGCUGCGAGCUCGACGUGUUCGUGGCGUCUACGCUGGUGGACAUGUACGCCAAGUGUGGCAGCUUGCUCGACGCGAGGAGAGUUUUCGAUCGAGUAGCCGUCCACAACGCGGUGUUCUGGAACUCGUUGAUGCUGGGCUACUGCGAGAACGAGCAAGCCGGCUUGGUGCUGGUGCUCUUCCACUUCAUGCAGCUCGAGGGCUGUGGUCUAGACGCUGGAUCCUUCGUUCCUCCGCUCAAGGCCUUGGCGAGUCUAGCAUCGAUCGAGAGGAACCUGGAGAUCAAGCCCAACUUGCUCGUCUUGCGGAGGAGCACGGCCUCGCUCCACUCGCAAGCGUCCGAGCGUGGCUUCGACUUGAAUCCCCGGGUGGCGAGCAGCCUCGUCGACUGCUACUCCAAAUCCGGGAGCUUGAUCGAGGGAAGGAGAGUCUUCGAUCGGAUCGAGCAGCGCGAUCCAGUGCUGUGGACUUCGCUCAUCGUCGCCUGUGCCGACGCCGGUGAGUCGCAGCUCGCGCUAUCUUUGUUCUCUCGGAUGAAAGUUGACUUGUCCUUUGCUCUCGCAGUGGACGCUGCUGCUCUGUCCGCGGCGAUCAAAGCUUGCGCGAGUGGCCCGGCGGCGCUGCUCGAGACGGGGAAGAGCGUCCAUGGCGAUGCAUGUCGACACGGCCUGGAAGUCGACCCGGGGGUGGUGGUCUCUCUCGUCGACUUCUACGGGAAGUGUGGCAGCAUGGUCGAUGCUCGCUGCGCUUUUGAUGCAAGCUCGCAGCUGGGAAUGGUGGCCUGGAACGCGCUGUUGGCUGGGUAUGGUCGCCGAGGUGAUAGCAAACUGGUGCUCGAGAUGUUCCACAGGGCCGCGGGCGAAGGCUUGCGGCCGAAUGCGAGUAGCCUUGUCUCGGUUCUCGCGGCUCUCAGCGGUGGUGGUCUUGUUGAUCAAGGCCGGAGGAUCUUCCAGGUGAUGGAGUGCCGGUAUGGUGUUCGUCCCGGGAUGGAGCACUACGCGUGCUUGGUGGAUAUCUUGAGCCGGGCGGACAAGAUGGAUGAAGCUGUGGAGCUUGCGAGGAGGAUGUCGAGUGGUGAUCCCGGAGACUUCUCCGUUGGCGUGGCAUGGACCAGCAUUCUGGCGGCUUGUAGAAAGUGGAAGAACUUUGAGGUGGCAAAGGUUGCUUUCGAGGAGCUGAGAGAUGAAGCUCGUCAUCCUGCUGUAUACAAUCUUAUGGCAAAUGCUUGCUCCACCUGA